CAGGCGACAAAAUGGACAUGUCGUUCCAGCCACAUUACCUCAUUUUGAUGGUACUUUGCUCGCUUAUAGAGUUUUCAUGAAUCCGCUGGUCGUAUUAUCUCUCCCGCCUCUAUACUGACCCCACGUGACGUAACGUUCGACUUAAAAUGGCCGUUUGCAUUUGUGUAUAAAUGUUGGGAAUGCAACAAUGACACAUGGGAAUCUAAAUUAAGACAAGUGACGUUUUAGAGGGAAAACAUCUUCAUGAAUGACUGAGAAACAUAAUCGACACAAUAGAAGUACUUCAGUUUCUGUAGAUUAUGUGCACCAGGGUACAAAGCUGACCUAAAUGUGUUAGUGGAGUCAUUAGUUAUGUUACUUGUUAUGUUAUAAUUACUUGAAGACGGUGCAAAUUUUGGGCACUCUGCUGGACUUUCGAUGAACACAUACUGCCCUCUGCAGUAAAGUAGUGUACCUAACAGAGAAAGGGAGCUACCUGAACAAGGAGGACGAUUCUGUCAGCUUGCACUUGAAGUUGACGGGAGAGACGCGUUUUCAGGCCCUCAAGGGUCUCUGCUUUGGGAACAAGGAUCUCCACAGGGCAGCCGAUGGAGGUGGAGGUGAUCAACAGACGCAUGGUGGAGCCCGGCGUUAAAAAGCCCAAAUGCAAGGAUGCAGAAGACGUUGGGAGCAGCCUGGACCGGAACCUUCAUCUCGGUGAGUCCCAUCGGAUCAUCUUCAGUAAGGAGCGCAUACAGGCGAGCGGGCUGAGAGCAGCCAGAGAUGUGGGACACGGGAGAGUGGAAGAUUCUGAGGGACUCACAGUAGUCACUGGGCGGAGGGAAGCUGCUUCCACACCUUCUGAUUUAGAACGGUUCACCCACGCUGACCUGGACCAUGAGCAAUGAUUCGCCUGCUCUGACAAGUCUGACGGAGAAUUCCACUGAUGUACCUGUGUCGGCGGGCCAGGUGGAGAAUUAUGUGCUGCUCUUGGUGCUGCUGAGUGCUUUCGCAGGGGGGACGCUGGUCCUCCUCUCCCUGCUGCUGCUCUUCUGCCACCGCUGCUGCAUGGGUGGUCGCCGCUAUUCCAGAGCGAGUGAUGACCCUGAGAAGACCAACACGACUUACAUUGAAGACUCUCAGCCAACGCAAGAUAUCACAAUUCGCCUGGAUGAAUCAGACGCUCUCUCGGCUACGAGUUGCCACGAGGGCGAAUCAGAGAGGUUUGUUUCCACGGGGUUGACCGGCCGCAGGGUCUCUUUCAACGAGUCUGCUCUGUACGAACAGGAGAAGAUGGCUCAGGAGAAAGGACGGAGGUACACUCUGACUGAGGGGGAUUUUCACCACCUGAAAAAGGCCCGAUUGACCAACCUCCACCUGCCGCCGGCUCCGUGUGACCUAAAGAUCCUCACCAUCAUGGAGUGUGACUCCACUGAGAGCAGCACCGUGAACAUCAGUGAGGCACCAGCGCCCGAACUGCCCCUCUCAAUCUACCAGCCGAUGGACAGAAGAGUGCCUGACUGGUUGGGUCAGAGCCUCACUGGAGGUCUUCCAGGAGACACCCAUCACUCCAUCGUUCUGGACCAGAUUCCUAGACAGGAUUUGGCUAUGAGAAGCAAACGCUCCUUAACUUUGGACACUCUCGGGGACCGAGGAGAGGCUCACAGUGACCACAUGAUGAAGGGAGAAACCACUCAGGCACCGGGACAGUCUUCAGUUCUGCAGUUCUUAUCGAAACUGCGUCGCCAUGCCAGUCUGGAGGGAGCUGGGCCGUAUUUCAGGCGGUGGAAGUUUGACAGCAGCCACCGGGCUGCCAGUCUGGAUGCCAAAGGAUCCCCAAAGAGAAGGCCUUUCCAGAGGCAGAGAGCGGCAAGUGAAACCACCGACCACACCGCCGAUGACUCUCCUCUCCGAGACGAUCCAACUGGGUCGUUCCCUAGUCAGACAAGUGGCCUCCAGUCGCUGUCUGCAGAGUCCCUCUCUCAAGCUUCCACGAGUCCUUCCUCAGUUUUCCUCCACAGGCUAAAUCUGGAGGCCAUGGUGGUAGAGGUAGCGGGUGUCACCAGCAGGAAAGAAGGACCAGAUGUCUGUUCCAUCCAGAGACAAGACAGCAUCUCAGGCAGGGUGCCAAGAAUGGAGACCGAGUUCAAACCAGAUGCAGUCAGAAGGAUAGACACUGACAAGGCUGUGUCUGAAUCUGUAGAAGACGAUGAUUUGUUUGAGCCACAAUCAGAAGCCAUUCACUUGGGAGACUCAUCCAGGAAAACUCCUGAAGUUGCAGUGAGGCAAAACUGUGAGCUGGACCAAGAUGAAGGUGAAGAUGGCGUAUUGGGACCUGAGAUCAGACCAAGGGCGGAUUCCGGGUCUUCUCUUUUGUGCUUGGAAGCACAUCCAUCCCUCUACAGAGACAUCUGGAGCUUGAGAGCCUCUCUGGAGCAGUACGCCUCCUCGGACCAGAGCAGCACUGACCGGGAGUCCAUCCGUAGUGAUGCUGAAAGUGUCUCAUCAUUGGGUUGUCCAGCUGCUCGAAGUGGACACCUAGACAGCUGCUUGUCUCAAGACAUAGAAGAUGAACCUGAACCAGACGGAGAGGUGAUGGAGGGAGGCGUGCGAGGGGCAUCAGGUGGGGCCAGUGAAAUCGGCGGCGGAGUCGACGGAGAAGCUGACAUGGGAAACCGCAAACUUCUUCAAAUGGACAGCGGCUAUGCCUCCAUUGAAACACCAUUCAAGGCACCUGAGGAGAUGCGGAUUUUCGGGACCCCUGCAGCGCCUCGUGGGAAGACGGCGUCAGAAAGGAGGUUGUUCUUCACAAGCUCAGGGAGGAAAGGUACUGUGUGCGAGAGCACCGAGACCAGGUUGUUCCAGGAAGAGUUGGAAGAAGAUCUACCAGAAAGCACAGAGGGUAGCCUCCAAGAACCAUAUCUACUCAUCAAAUCACUUCAGAAACAAGAAUCACAUGUAACAUCUCAGCUGAUCAAGCCAAUCUCUCAGCCCUCCAGUCCCCACCGACCUCGUCUCCAUCGUCGUGACUACAGCAUAGACGAGAAGACAGACGCUCUUUUCAACGAGUUCCUCCGACAUGACCCGCGGUUCGAUCAGCAAGACUCGCCGUUUCGGACCAGACAUCGAUCAAGAGUGCACCUGCGGAAGCAGUGGCAGAGACACAAGCAAUACAGUGACCCCGGCUCGGGGACAGGGGGGCGGUACUCGCCGUCUUUAGAGAGGCAGAGGUUCACUCCGCUUCCCAGAGGGGACAGUGCCAGUUACCCUCUGGACACCAGGUAUCACAGCACACUGUCACGCAUCGCCAGUGCGGCAGAUGAAGAAGCCAGUGAGAUUGCGGCCUGUGAGGAUGCAGCCAAAGAGAGCACAACAUCCAGCGAUGGAGCCAACAUGACCUCCACCGACCCCGCCAUCCAGGGCGUGGAGGGUCACCAGACCUCUUCCAACUCAAAAAGCACAAGCAGUCCACCUCCAGGCUGCAUGGACCCCAGAGUGGACAACAGGAACAACAACAGCAGCCAGCAGGUGGAGAGCAGCCUGACGGACAAGCUGGCGGAAGCAGUGGAGGAGAGGCUCUAUGGCGGCCUCAGGAGGGCGGAGCUCAGCCAGGGAAGAAGUGAGUGGGUGGUGGUUGCCGCCUCUCACACAGCCUCACCUGACCACAGUCCCAAAUAGUCCAGUCCAGUCAUCAACUCUUCCAAACAUCACAAAUAUAAUCUGAUGGCCAACCUCCGCCAGCAUUUCCUCUCAGACCUUAACUUCCACUGUGAUGCCAUGUUCCCCCUUUUUAGCUCAUAUUGCACAGAUACCUUAGCUCCUUCAUCUUUAGGAAUAUUUUCAAACAUAAAAAUUGUGAAUUUUCCGCAUGCUACUACUACUACUGUAAUGUCCAAACAAUGUGUAAGUGAAGACUGUAUGGUUUUAAACCUAAAAAAGCACUUUGUUGGAUAAAAACAAAUCCGUGUUACCUAUUUGUAUCAUGAGCAACCAUAUCCUCCGCAAGUGUCCUUCUUGUUUUGAUUUGCAUGAAGGCAACAGGAGACCAUUUCAGCUACCACCAGUGUUUGCAUUCCUACGUUAUUAUGAAUGGAAUGAAAAUACAGUAGAACGUUUUUGUGCACAAUGACGGGAAUUCAGGGAGAUGCAGAUGUUUAGACAGUUUGGAAAGGCAUCAUAAAGUUGAUAUAAUGUAUUUUGUCAGAAAAUCCUGUCCAUUGUGCCAUGGACCAUGGCAAAAAUACUCCCGUCAUCUCUUUGUUACCAUCAUAUUGACUGAAACAUUAGGUACACUUACACAAUCUAGUAGUAGACAUGUCAGAUUGAGAGCUGUAUCCAAAAUGCCUUUAUGCAGAUAAGACUUAUUUCAUAGUAUGUUCAUUAUUGUAUUGGAGUGUUUCUGAUAACACCAUUAUCAUCUCUGUAAAGGCACAUAAGUAUACAGCUCUUGUGGAUCUUAUUACAGAUGAUUAUGCAGGUAUACCUAAUAAAGUGUCUCAUGAGAGUAUUUGUCCACUGUUUUCAAUUAAGCCAACCUAUGGGCUGCUGCUAUUGUAAAUACUCAGACCUGAAGAUUGGACCAACAAUGCACUAUAAUACAAACACUACUUAAGGGAUAACAAACCAAUUACUGACACCUUCUUCAGUCUGCGCCCUCCAAAGUCGAACACAAUCUAUGAUGCUGGAUGACAUGCAAGUCGUUCCAAUUUCUACAAUAAAAUAUAAUUUAACAUGAAUUAUUUCCAGUCAUCAUCAAUGUGUAUUAAUUGAACAGGCAAAGUUAACAGCCAUACAAGUUGAAAGUUAAUCACUGUACAAUAAAAGUUACAGUAAACCUACUCACCCUUGAAGUAGCUUCACAGAUACCUAAUGGAGAGGGGACAGAAACGUGUUUGCAAAAUGAAAGUGUAUUGCUUGCAUGUACAUUUGGCUUAUGUUACCAUCUUCAGCUAAUGUAUUUUUCAUUACUUAAUGUUUUUGCACAUUUAAUGGGAUGUUCAAUGAAGUGAUGUAUGAUUCCAUUUUCUGUUUUAGAGUUAUCACACCUUUGCCUAUUGCCAUAACUGGUACUCCUUUGUGGUGGUUUCACCAUCUCAAGAAAAAUCAAAACUUGUGGAAAUGAUUAGAUGACAAGACGGUAGAGCUCUUUUUCCCAGCAAAAUAUGGUUGAAAUUGUACUACUUUUGGGUGUUUGACUUUGGAAGGGGCACUGUAUCUACUAUUACAUAUUUAGCAGCUGCUUUCAGUGAAUGAUUAUUUAAAAUGAGAAUUGAUCCAACAGUUUAUAACAUGUAAUAGGCGUGUCGGCAAUGUGUAUGUAUAUGUCCUUUCAGACAGGUCUGAGCUGGUGUGUGUAUGCGGCCAUCUUAUGUCUUUGUGACGCACUCAUGCUUAAGUAGCUGGCCGUAUAGUGCGAUGAGUCAUGCAGUAAAUUACAUCUUUCAUCCCUGACAAAAGGACAGACAACCUCAAUCACGUCUUCCAAAUAAAUGGAGACAAUUA